AUGGCCAACGGGUCGACGCCGGAUAACCCCUUUUGCGUACAGUUGAUCCCGCUGGCGUUUGGCAGCGACCUCGUGCUGCAGUUACUCCUGACGCAGAGUGCCGUUCACAGAGCGUCCAAGUCUCUGUGCAGCGGAGACCGGGUUGCGGACCAAUAUUAUGGCCGGUCGAUUCGUUUGUUCCAGCGAAGCCUCUCGAGCUUUAUUGGCGGGCAGCCGCUCGAGCAAAAGCUCACCAUGGGCAUCGGGGCCUUAAUUUUAUGCUUCAUAGAGACAGCAAAAGGCGACAUCAAUGGCGCCAUCUUUGAUCAUCUCAUGGCAGCCCAGCCGCUUCUUCUUCCGUCGGUGACCCUCGACAGCCAACUACCCAAAGGCCUCAAGGAUUUCUUGACCGAAUAUUACGUCUACACGGCAACGCUGAGUAUGAUCUCCACCGACGCGCGCGUAAGCGACCAGCUCUUCCUCAGUAACGACCUGGUAUUUCUGGCGAAAGAUCUAGUAGCAGCAUCCUACGUCGGUAGUCUGUGCGGUUGCUGGCUAGACCUUCUGCUCCUGAUACCGUCCAUCUUUGAACUCGGUCGCCGCUUGUCAUCUCACGCAGAAAACCCGAAUUGGCGGCCCUCUGCCAACGACUUCUUCGUCUUUGCUCAGCUCCAGAGGCAGAUUCAGGGCUGGACACCGAACCUAGCAACCAGUUCUGAGGUCGUCGUUCUUGCCGGCUACAUAUAUCAAAAAGCGAUCCUGUUGUACUUGUAUACAGCGCUCUAUCCUCUUCCACAAGACGAUGAUGAGGACCGUCAUACUGAGGAUAAUGACGACGAGGAUAAUUUGUCAGUGAGAAUGGCCCGAGUGGUCCUUGCCGAAGCCCUCGCGAGUCUGGCACAGCUGCCGCCGAGUGUCCAGAUCAACACGAGCCUAUGCUGGCCCAUCGCUGUGGUCGGGUCAUGCGUGGUGGACCAGGGCCAGCGGAGUUUCCUCCGCGAGCGACUCGAGCACACCUUCUCUGCCAUUGGACUGGGCAACAUUCGUCAGACAUCGAUGCUGCUUCAGCACAUGUGGGAAGAACGUGAUGGAGGGGGAGAAACCGUUGGCUCGGGACCGUGGAGUAUAUGCCGCGUGAUGAACGAGCGGCAGCUCUGGAUCUCGUUUGCUUGA